UACAAGAGCUUUGGAUAGCUAAAGGCGUCGCAAGCUAAAACACCAAUCAAGAUGGUGCCCCCUGCAACGACCUCGACCAUGAAUUUCAUCCCCCUCCUCUUCCUCACCCUCACACUCUUCUUCCCUUCCUCUAUCUCUCAAAACUUCAGUGCUCCUGGCCCCGUCACUCCAGACCAUGCCUGCACCUUCACCACCGAUCCUUCCUUCUGUCAGUCCCUCUUGCCUAGUGAAUCCCUAUCCAACUUCUACGGCUACGGCCGGUACCUCAUCAAGAAGUCCUUACAGCAGUCAGCCACCUUCUCUUCCCUCAUAAACGAGACCAUAAGAGAUAAGGCCGCCCUCACCCCACGAGCGGCAGCGGCUCUCGAAGAUUGCCUGCUGCUCUCCGAACUCACUACCGAUUUCUUGGUUAACUCCCUCUCCACCCUCGACUCCUGCGACUCCACCAGCCUCGCCCAAGACCAGGCAGACCUGGUCCAUACCCUCAUGAGCGGCAUCGUCACCAACCAGCGGACUUGCUUGGAUGCCCUCACCCAGGCGUCCUUCUUGCAGCGCGGCCAUAAGUUGUAUGCUCCGCUGAUGAAUGGGUCCCAGCUAUACAGCGUGUCGCUCGCCAUGCUCACAAACUCCUGGGCAUUCAGGCACAGGAAGGCCGUCGACCCUGGCAGGAAGCUGCUGGACGACCUGAGAGUAGGCAGCGAUGGUGCACCCGCCUGGGUGAAUCGGAACAUCUUCCAUUUCGCCGCCGGAAGGAGGAUGGCACUGCAGACAGUGGGCAGCGUGGUGGUGGCUCAGGAUGGCAGCGGCAAUUACCGAACCAUCAGUGAAGCCAUUGCUGCUGCUCCGGCCAACGACGGAAGCAACGGUUAUUAUGUGAUCAACGUGAAGGCAGGAGUGUACCAGGAAUACGUCACCAUACCCAAGACCAAGAAGUACAUAAUGAUGGUCGGCGACGGAAUGGGCAAGACCGUCAUCACCGGCAACCGUAACGUCGUAGACGGAUAUACCACCUUCAAUUCUGCAACCCUAGCUGUGCUUGGUGAUGGUUUCGUGGCAACCGGAAUCACGGUUCAGAACACGGCCGGGGCUGCCAAGCAACAGGCAGUCGCCAUGAGAAGCGGUGCCGACCUCUCCACUUUCUACCAGUGCAGCUUCGAAGGGUACCAAGACACUCUUUACACCUACUCCAUGCGUCAGUUCUUCAGGGACUGCAACAUCUACGGCACCGUGGACUUCAUCUUUGGCGAUGCGGCCGUCGUCUUCCAAAACUGCAACAUGUACGUCAGGCAGCCGUCUUCAGGGCAGUUCAACACAGUCACGGCUCAAGGGAGAAGCGACCCCAACGAGAACACGGGCACCUCCAUCAUCAACUGUAACAUCUUGGCUGCAUCCGCACUGGGGGGUGCUAAGACUUAUCUGGGCAGGCCAUGGAGGCAGUACUCGAGGACCGUAGUAAUGCAAUCUAACCUUGGCAGCCUGAUAGACCCUGCUGGUUGGGCUCCUUGGUCCGGCACUUUUGCUCUCAGCACCCUGUACUACGGCGAGUACAGCAACAGUGGCCCGGGGGCGGCCACCGGCGGCAGGGUGACGUGGGCCGGCUUCCAUCUAAUGGGCGCUAGCGAUGCUAGCCGCUUCACAGUUUCCAAUUUCGUACAAGGAAGCAGUUGGCUGCCGAAGACAGGCGUGCCAUUCACAGCGUGAUGAACUUUUGUUUGAACCAGAAGCGUUAUUUCAAAAGCUAAGGAGCGCUUAGUUAAGAGUUUGAACAUUUUCUGUAGUUUUCCUUUUAGGUUUUUGCAUUAAGCCACGAUACUCUUCAUUUAUUUAUUCAUCUGUUGCUAAGAGGCGGUUAGCCUCUCUGUACUUAGCUAGCUUGUCCUUUCCACACAAUACAUAAGCUAUGUGCUUCGAAGUAUUGUACUCGACGUGCAGGAUCUGGAAAAAGU